ACAUUUGUUCCAUAAUAAGAGUUAUAUUUGGUGUCUACACAGAUUUUAGGAAAUGUAAAGAAUAAUGAAUUGGAAAAGUUAGUAACGUAAAUAAUAGUGGAUUGGAAAAGUUAGUAGAAUUUAGUGGAAUGAGUUAAUGGAACGUGACAUGUGACUCUUAUUCUUAGACGAACUAAUGACAAAAUGUAGUAAUUUUUAUUGUGGGACGCGGGCACUAUUAUGGUAAAACCAAACUAAAUUAUCUAGAUGCCAUUUCUCUUCUCCAACCUUCUUAGACAAACAACUUCUAAUGUAAAAUACUUCACCUAGUUUAUUGACUCUCAUUACUCAAGUGCAGACAACAAGAGAAGAGAGACCAUCAAAUAUGCAAGGGCAAAAGAAACUUUUUUAAAACUUAAUCUUAUCACUAGCAAAUACUAGUAAUGUUUAAUGACUUGUUAUUGAUGCAUAUGAGCAAGUUAUUCUUACAAGUCAAUAAUCUGAUACAAAACGCAGAUAUAAAAGAUCGAAUUUUAAUAAAUAUGUUUAAUCAGAAAACGAAUAUUGGUUGCCAUAUGAAAUAAAAUUAGGAAAAAAAUAAAUUAGAACGUGUUAAAAUUUAGUCUUGUAAUUUAACCUGAAAAGCCAUUUUCCAGUGUUCACACUAUUUUCCGCUGUCUUGAAAAUCUGCGGCAAUUGAUUGAUCAAACAUAGAAAGCAAGACAUGCUGAGAAGCAAUCUUCACCGGCGUUCCCCUAUUUCCACCCUAAGCCCUUCUCAAUUUCCUCCCUUAUCCCGAUAUUUUUCGAAUUCAAAUCAAGACCAAGAUGAAACUUACAGGGACCCUGACGCCCCGCCUCGCCUCUUCGUUGUGCAGCCACGGCUCCGCCCUCAAACCCAUUUGAAGGCCAAGCUGGAGGAGGCCCUGAGUCUUGCUAAUUCUUUCGAGCAACAGCGUGACGAGUUUAGUGCCACGGGGUCUCCGGACAAAGACAUGCCGCCGCAUCUCGUUGUCCAAAACCCCGCCACCAAAGCACCUCGCGCCGAUACAUAUUUUGGACUUGGGACUGUGGAAACAGUUAAGUGCCACAUAACUAAUUUGGAAGACAAGGAAGAGGUGGAUGCUGUUUUUGUCAAUGCUACUCUUAGGGGUAUCCAGCAGCGGAAUCUGGAGAGGGCCUGGGGCAAGCCUGUUCUAGAUCGUGUUGGCCUCAUUAUACAAAUUUUUAAUGCUCAUGCUCAGACCAAGGAAGCUAAAUUGCAGGCUGAAUUAGCAGCUCUGAUGUGUAAAAGAAGCAGGCUUGUCCGAGUUCGUGGGCCCGAUGGGCGUAAUACAUUUGGGGGAUCUGGGGGAAAUGGAGAAAUAGAAGUUGUUAGUGCUAGAGGGAGAGCAAGCGGAGGGCGCGGUUUUAUCAGUGGUGCUGGAGAGACAGAAAUUCAGCUUCAAAGGCAAAGAAUCUUGGAAAGGAAGCAAAAGUUGUUAGCUGAAAUUGCUGAUGUUAGAAGAACUCGAGCCAUGCAGCGUGCUGCACGGAAAAGGGAUGAAAGGUUACCAGGACAAGAAAUCCCUACUGUUGCUGUAGUUGGCUAUACAAAUGCUGGAAAGUCUACAUUAGUUAGCAGACUCUCAAACACCUAUAUUUACUCUAAUGAUCGAUUGUUUGCAACAGUUGAUCCUAAGUUAAGAAGUGUUAAGCUUCCAUCACGGAGAAAAGUUCUGCUCAGCGACACAGUCGGGUUCAUCUCGGAUUUGCCUGUUCAGUUAGUGGAAGCAUUUCAUGCUACAUUGGAAGAGGUUAUCGAAGCUGACCUCCUAGUGCAUGUACUGGACUCGAGCGCUCCAAAUCUUGAAGAAAACCGAGAGUCUGUAAUGGAAGUCCUUAGGAGGAUCAAUGUGCCUGAAGAGAAGCUCCAAAACAUGAUUGAAGUUUGGAAUAAGGUCGACCUUCUAGAGGAGAAAUCUGAGAUGUGCGAUCUUGAUGAAGAAGAAGAAGAUGAUGUUGAUGCCACUUGUGAUCAACAUGAUGACAACCAAGUUAUCAACUGUAACGACUCAGGUGAUCUUGAAGAGGACAUAUAUCAUGAUCAUUCUGAUGACGAGCAAGAAUCCAGGCUUAGCUUCGAUGAUUGCUCCAAUACUGUCAACAGGCACUUUUCAGGGGAAGACACGAAGGCUAUAGCUUCUGGUAAUGGUUCUGAAUUUCAAUCAGAAUCCUCGGAGAUUGUCAAAACAUCUGCUGUAACCGGGGUCGGCUUACAACAACUGCUUGAGCUCAUGGACAGCAAGCUGAAACCAUGUCGAGCGGUAGAAAGGAAUAGCUUCUUCCAUAGUAAGUGGAGACCACCGCGUCGAGAAGAUAGCGAUAUAGCAGUCUGAACGGUAGGAUUCCCUAUUUUGGUUAGGUUUUGGUGCACAAUUUGACAUGUACAACAUUUUGUAAUGUAUCUCUUAGGGUGUUCGGUUUGCAAGAUUAUAUUCCAUGAUUAAAUUUGUAUUA